AUGGAUUGGUACACGAUAGGAGUGGCAAUCGCUCUGCUUAUCAUAUUGCUUGUGGCUAAUAUCUACUUCAUGGCCCACAAUGCUCAUCCUAAUGACUCCCCUUUUGGCUAAAAUAUUAUAAUGAGGAUUCUUGUUGUUUUCGGAUUCACAAUAAGCUACACACCCAUUCUGAUGGUUCCAUUGGAUAUUUCUAAUUCUUAAUCGAAUGGAGGGCUUAAUAUGGAAACACUCUGGGGUAUCAUUUUGAUCAUUCAGGUUUCCUGUGUCUGGGUGCUAUUCCCCAUUUUCAUUGUAUUCUAUGAGUCUAAUGAAUAAGAUCAAUUGUAUGAAAUACCAGUAGAGGAAGCUAUAUAGAUUGGUUUAGAUCCAAGUUAGUCAGAGUUAAAAGAUGGAGUUUAUCGCGGUAGACUUGACUUCCUUACUCAUUUGAUCGGAGUAAUGGCAUGGAUUGGAUCCAUUCUAUUUUGCUUCUUUGGUGGAGUGGGUUUCAUCUCGCUACCUUACGAUCUGAUUUACGAAUAUAUAUACAUGCCUCAGCCAAUACAAGAUAAAGAGUUCUAGAGAAGAAAAUAAAUAUUACUCAAUUACACAAUGAAACUCAGAGAAAUGGGAAAGCAGAUUGAAAAUGAGAGAUAGUAUGUUGCUCUGAUCAAGGGAUACUCUGGAUGGAGGAAGAGAAGAGCGUUUAAUAAGAAGAUCAGAAUUUUUGAAUCUAGGUCUCUAUUAGCAGAAAAAGAGUUUAGAAUACUAGACAUGGAAGCAAACUACAGUUAAAAGGUUGAACCUUUGAGGUACACUUUCAAACUUGUACUUGGAAUUAUCUGUGCUCUACUCACUCUAAAUUGGUUUGCUUAGAUCUUCAUGCUCACUUUGAUUGAUAUGAAGCUCUCAAUAUUCGGUAGUUUCAUAUUUGUCAUCAUGGCUUUUUAUCUACUGAUCAUUUCUGUUAAGGGAAAUUCUACCUAUGGGUAUCGAACAGCUUGCUUUACCUUCUAUCCAAUAACUGAGAAUGAGACGCAGCUAAAUUCAUUCCUAUUCAAUGCUAUGCUGAUGAAUGUACUCACUACUUAUAUAGUCCAGUUCACCUGCGAGCAAUUGAACUCUCUGGUUAACACAGCUUACUUUUACAAGCUGAUUAUGAAAACGAAAUACUGCACUUUCUUCUAUGUAUUUUCGAAAUACAGCAUAUUCUCAUUCUUCCUAAUGAUCGUUUCUAUAAUCACUUUUUUCACAUUGGUCAUAAGAGGUGGUAGAAGAAUCAAGUUCUCUGAAUUAGAGAAGAAUAUGAAAGGAGGCAAAGGCGGAAAAGGUGGCAGUAAGUCCUAGAAAAACUCUAAAAAGGACAUUGAAAAAGGUAAGAAGCAAAGUAAGACUACUCUUAUACAAAAUGAUGAGGAAGAUGAUGAGGACAAUGACGACGACGAUGAUGAUUGA